GGCACAAGCGACAGCAAAUCGUCACAAGAGCGAAUAAAGCUGUACACGGAGAAACGGAAAAUUCUCGCCAAAGAGCUGCGAGACUGCCAAAAGCGCCAACCGGUCAAGCACGAUGAUACGCUAGGAUACCACAAGGCAAUAUUCGACCGUGCCUGGUUCAUGAUGCUGGAAAGAGACCGUCUGGCGCAAAAUCUCUUCGAGAUUGAUACACUGCGAAGCCCCAUAGGUCUCGCAGUGCUCCGCGACAUGCUGGAUCUUUAUCAGAAGAGCUCUAACGUGGAGUACCGGCCAGGAUUGGAGCCGGACAAGUGCCCUUGCGGAAAAGGCAAUGGCAGCUCUUACGAUUGGCGACACGUGAACACAUGCUUCAAGGCAGCCAUGGCAAAGGUAUAUGGCUUUGCAGAGCUGUGCUUUCUGUGUAACGAGUGGUUUCAUUGCACCGAGGCCUGGGAUGCCGAUUGUCAACACCACAUGGAUCACCUGGAUCGCCUCCCGGUUUGGUGCGAUCCUCUCACUUAUGGCGGCGUCCUCGCCAGAGCUGGUUACUGCCCGUUCUGCCUCGGGGACAGAAACUUGCCGGUCUCAGUGCGAAUGCAUCAGUUCAAGAUACCGUGGACGUGGCUCGACCACAUCCAAACUUACAUCAGGACACUGGAAGGUGGGUAUAUGCCUGUACACUGCCCAAUCCUGCAUCCCACUUGCCUCGGAGUGUUUCAGUCGAUACAGGAACCGCAAUGUCAUCUGCAAGACGCUUUUGGUGUCGAGCGGAAUAGGGAUUCCACGAAGAUAAAGAGACCAAGGUAUGAGAGUGACGAUAUUCCGCCUCCGAAA